AUGGGUGGUGAAACCAAGACUAUUCUGGCCUUUGACGCCUACGGCACACUUCUCUCGACCGAGUCCAUUGCUAAGAAACUCGCUUCACACUUUGGACAAGACAAGGCUCAGACGAUUGCAACGACAUGGCGCAAGUACCAGUUAGAAUACACCUGGCAUCAAUACGAGGACUUUAGCAAAGUUACACUGCGCUCGUUGCGGCAUGCACUGGCUGAAUCUUCCGUCUCGCUGGAGCAGAAGGACAUUGAUGAUCUGAUGAAGGCUUACGACUCGCUUUCCAUCUUCCCCGAUGUGGCUCCCGCCCUCGAGGCUAUCGCGAAACGCAGUGAUUUCUACCCUGUGGUCUUCUCAAACGGCACCAACACAAUGGUUUCCAACUCGGUCAACAAAUCGCCGGAUCUCUCGAAGCACGCGUCUACUUUCAAGGAUAUUGUUGUCGUCGAGGAGCCCAAGCGAUUCAAACCUACACCAGAGUCGUACGCUCAUCUGGCCAAAGCCGUUGGCAAGGAUCCCAACAGCAAAGAGGAUAUGGCAAGCAUGUGGUUGAUCAGUGGCAAUCCAUUUGACAUUACAGGUGCUCGCGCGGUAGGCAUGCAGGCCUGUUGGGUGGACAGGGCAGGCAAUGGAUGGCAGGAUGCGAUGAUUGAGGGUGAUCUUGGAAAACCAACAGCGAUUGUCAAGAGUCUGGAAGAGGUACCCAGCGCUGUCGGCGGAGUCUUGCCAGUGCAGUGA